AUGAAGACGACACAAAAAUCACCAGAAGCUGGAUCCUCUCCUCCAGUCAAACAGCUGCUUGAUCAACCAGAGACUGUCAUUACCAUAGGCACUGGAUAUGAACGACUUAUCAAUGUAGCCUGUCUGAGUGAUGAAGAAAUCUGGACAAGUGGAAAUGACAGCACCAUGAAACUCUACAGCAUCAAUCAGGGAUCACAACUCAAGUCAAUCACAACCAAGUCAGGGCACUGGUCAUUUGACAUUGUAGCAACAAAAAGUGGAGAUCUAGUUUAUACUGAUUACAAUGAAAGAACUUUGAACAUUGUGGAGAAUGAGAAGAUAGAGGUGAUCAGACUACAGAACUGGAUACCUCGUGGUGUCUAUACAUGUAGUACCUCCUCUGAUGAUCUCCUGGUUAUCAUGGACAGUGAUGAUGACAAACAAACAAAAGUUGUCCAGAAUGAACCAUUCAGUCCACGAGGAAUCACCACAGACAGUCAGAGUCACAUCCUUACCGCUGAUAUUAACAAUGACUGUGUCCACAUCAUAGACCAGGAUGGACAGUUCCUCCGUUACAUAGACUUUGGAAUGAGUAGACCCUGGGGACUAUGUACAGAUUCAAAUGACAAUCUGCUUGUUGCUGAAUUCAGAAACACGCAAGAUCUAACUAACGACUAA